AUGUCCAGUCAAACUGACCUUGCAUUUGCAGGGAAUUUCUCAAUAACCUAUUGUCAGCCUGACAAUCUCUACAUUGCACUUCACCAUACCUUAUGGGAUUGGCGCUGCAGCAAGGUUUGCUCUACAUUCUUUUCCUCGUUCAUGCUUACUCGGGUUUCGAAUGAACUUGGAGCUGGGAAUCCACAUAAGGCACGAGUGGCUGUUUGGGCAGUAAUGUUUCUUGCAAUCACUGAGGCAGUUAUAACAGACAUUGGGUUGAUGUUUUCUCAAUUGGGGUCACUUAGCAAUUGUGUUUUGGAGGAGACUAGGGACUUGUAUAUUCCUGGAACCAAGACGGUUUUCCCUGGUUUGAAGAAGCCGAAGGAGAGAGCUGAUCUCAUUGCUUAUCUGAAGGAGGCAACAUCAUCUUGA